AUGGAGGAUGUGGUCGUUUUUAAUGUUGGUGAUCUGUUGGCGCGGUGGAGUAAUGAUACCAUCAGGUCGACGGUGCAUCAGGUUGUGCAGCCGCCUGUCCAGAGUGAGGGGGAGGUUUGGCCGGCGAGGCUUAGUAAAGCGUUCUCCGCGCAUGCGAACCAGGAUACCUUUAUCGAGGCUAUUCCGGGGACGUUUGGGGUGGAGAGCGAGAAGAGGUAUGAGGGGAGGGAUUACGAGUGGGGAGUAUUAUUUGCAGAGGUCAAAGGGUACACAUUGAGCUCUGGCUGGCAGUGA